AUGCUGGCCCGCAACUUGAGGGCUGCGCCGGCGGCGCGGCAAUGCCUGCGCCAGCUAUCGCGGCCUACUUUCGCACAGCAGCAGUUCCAGUGCAAAGGAUAUGCGACCGCAGAGGGUGACAAGGUCGCCAAGUUCAAGGGCCAGAAGGGCAGCGAUGGCAAGUACACUGUCACGCUGAUCGAGGGUGACGGAAUUGGCCCAGAGAUCGCACAAUCAGUCAAGGACAUCUACUCGGCCGCCAACGUCCCGAUCAAGUGGGAACCAGUGGACGUUACACCUACACUCAAGGACGGCAAGACUGUCAUCCCAGACGAGGCCAUUGACAGCGUCACUCGCAACUACGUCGCCCUUAAAGGUCCUCUCGCCACGCCCGUCGGCAAGGGUCACGUCUCGCUCAAUCUCACCCUCCGAAGAACCUUCAACCUUUUCGCAAACGUUCGACCUUGCAAGAGCAUCGCAGGAUACAAGACCCCAUACGACAACGUGAACACUGUCUUGAUCCGUGAGAACACCGAAGGAGAGUACAGCGGUAUCGAGCAUGUUGUGGUCGACGGUGUGGUCCAAUCCAUCAAGCUCAUCACUCGGGAGGCUUCUGAGCGUGUCCUGCGCUUCGCUUUCCAAUAUGCGCAAGAUGUCGGCAAGCCAAAGGUCCGUGUUGUCCACAAGGCUACUAUCAUGAAGAUGUCCGACGGUCUCUUCUUGAACCUCGCUCGCGACAUCGCCAAGGAAUACCCCAAUGUCGAGUUUGACGCCGAGAUGCUCGACAACACCUGUUUGAAGAUGGUCACCGACCCAAUUCCAUACAACGACAAGGUCUUGGUCAUGCCCAACUUGUACGGUGACAUUUUGUCUGAUCUGUGCGCUGGUCUGAUCGGUGGUCUGGGUCUUACUCCAUCUGGAAACAUUGGUGACGAGUGCUCCAUCUUCGAGGCUGUCCACGGAUCUGCCCCAGAUAUUGCCGGCAAGGGGCUUGCUAACCCAACCGCCCUGUUGUUGAGCUCUAUCAUGAUGUUGCAACACAUGGGUCUUACACAAAAUGCGAGCAGCAUCGAGCAGGCGAUCUUCAAGACCCUUGCAGAAGGAAAGGCUCUUACUGGUGACCUUGGCGGCAAGGCCAAGACCCACGAGUACGCUGAUGCCAUCAUCUCGAACUUGAAGGCUUAG